GCUGGUGGGUACUGACCGUGCAGGGUAACCCCGACCCACCCGCUGCUGAGCACUUGCCGAGGGCGCGGCCCCGUCAUGGAACGCCAGGACAAAGCGGCCCUGAACGCGGUGCAGCCGCCCGACGUCAGAAAUGAAAGUUCCUUGGCUUCUACCCUGAAGACGCUACUGUUCUUCACAGCGUUGAUGAUCACUCUUCCCAUUGGCUUAUAUUUCACGACCAAGUCUUACGUAUUUGAAGGAGCCUUUGGGAUGUCCAACAGGGACAGCUACUUCUAUGCUGCCAUUGUCGCGGUGAUCGCUGUCCAUGUGGUGCUGGCCCUCUUCGUCUACGUGGCCUGGAAUGAAGGCUCACGGCAGUGGCGUGAAGGCAAACAGGAUUAAUAUGACUGUCACCUGGGCACGUGUUAAACUGGCUUUUUAUUUUAAUAACCAUAAUAGCUUCUGGGGGUAGUCGUGAUUUCAAUAAAGAUGGAAGAACAAUGUUAAAAUCGAUCAUACAGAGUCCCUUUGGACGAGUAUAAAUGUUGAUCCUUCUAAUACAAUAAAUGUUUUUGUAUAGUCUAUUUUAACUGUAUGAACCUCUUAUAGGAAGAUGCGAGUUUGGAAAUUUCAAGAUGUUGCACACAGCAUUAAAUGAGUUAACAGUAGGCUCAGAAGAAAUUUUAGUAUCUUACAAUUUUUUUCAUGGAAUUUGGACUUUCAGCUGGUUUUGAAUAGUGCCCUUCUGACUGUAGUAAAUCCAGUCUGAACUGGAACCGGAAAACACUCCCUAACUCUUGGGUAAAUAAGUGGCCAUUUGGAUUGGGGAGUUCUGAAUUCCUAUGGAAAAUUGUUCCUGGAUUUAA